AUGAAGGCAACUACUAUCUUAUCCGCCAUCCUCGUCCUGGCGGCCUGUCUUUUGAGGAGCAGCGAGGCGGUAACCUGCACCGCUGACGACACUGUCGCAGGAUGCAUCAACUGCACCACCAAUCCAACCGAUGCCGAGUGCGUGGCCGAAGCAGCCGCCGCCGAAGCCGCCACCACCACCACCACAACCACAACUGCAGCAACGCCCACCGCCACAACCUCAGCGACGGCGACGACCACAGUGGCCUCCAGCUCAAACUCCUCCUCUGGACGGCGCAAGAUCGUGCGCAUAACCGAUCUGGGCUAUACCAACGUUCGGCGCAUCCGCGUCAAGCGGAACCGUUCAGGAAGCACCACUGGCCGGAAUCAGCGGCGCAGGAACAACUCCAGACGUGUCAACGUGAGGAGGGCCAACGGAAACGUAGUUGUUGUUGGUUAA